UAAUUUAGAAAAUCACUGAAUGUCUGAUCAAAACACAUGUCUUUAGAUUUAAAUAUAUUUAUUAUUGUUUUUUAACAAUUAGUUUUUAAUUAGUUUUUAAUUUGUUUUUUAGUUAUUGUUAAAUUAUUUUCAAUUUGUGUAAUAACUUAUUUGAUUAAAAUGGUCCGCAAAUUGCGAUAUCACGAGAGGAAACUGUUAAAGAAAGUAGAUUUCAUCAAUUGGUCGACAAAUUCAGUGAAAGAGACGGCUAUUAUGAGAAAAUAUCACAUCAAUAGACAGGACUAUACUAAGUAUAACAAGUUAUGUCAUGAGAUCUGGCAGUUAUGUGACCGCAUAUCCCGGCUCUCACCGGACGACACCUUCCGUAACGGGUGUUCCCAACAAUUGAUUGAAAAGUUGUAUUCAAACGGUUUAAUCAAAACAAAACGUCUUAAGAAAUGUAAUUCAGUAAAUGUCAAGUCAUUUUGUCGCCGAAGACUUGCGGUAUAUAUGAUUCAAUCGGCAAUGUUUUCGGGACCGCUAUCUACGGCCGUAAAAUAUGUAAAACACGGACACGUGAGAGUUGGACCUAAUGUGGUGACAGAUCCGGCAUUUUUGGUGACCCGAACUCAUGAGGACUUUAUUUCAUGGACUGAAAGCUUUAAGACUAAAAUCGAUACCUAUAAUGAAAUCAGAGACGACUAUAAAGACUAACACUAUAAUAGUAUAUAAAAGAAAAAAAAUAUUUUUACAAAUAAAAGAA